UUAUACUAGAUUAUUGCCAAAAAUUAAUAGAAAAAUUUGGUUAUCCCUGGGAAAUGAUGCCACUUAUGUAUGUGAUACUUAAGGAUGCUGGUGUAGAUAUCGAUGAGGCUUCAAAACGUAUUGAAGAAGGCAUACAAGUCUUAAAACAAUACAAUUUAAAUAUUUACGAUGGUAAUGAGUUACGUAAGCUCAAAACUGAAAGGCGUUACGAAAACCAUCUUGCCCGAUCUGAAUGUGAUGAAACUAUCAAACAAAUAAGACUAAAGGAGGGACAACAUGUUGUUAAUGAAUAUUCACGUCAACAUAAUUUAAAUAUAUAUGAUGGGUGUGAAUUACGUUGUGCCACUCGGCAAUGCGGUUGAUAAACUUAAAUAAAGUUUUAAAACCAUUUGCACCCAUUUUAAUAUAAAGUGUUUUUCUUAAAUAUUAAAAAGUUAAAUAUAAAGUAAUUGUUAAAUACUAUUAAACAAAUUGUACAAAGAAUUAAAAAAAAAAAUAAACUUUGUUGAAACAUAUUAAAGGUGCUUUAACAUUUUUUUCUUAAAAUAACUUCAAUAUCAUUAAAAUAAAACUAUAUAACGAGCUUAUAACAGUCUGGCAACUAUAAAAGAAAUUUAUAUUAGUAAAAAUAUAAACUUAAAGACACUUCUUAAAAUAGUUAAAAUAAUUCUUAAUUAAAAAAAAAAACAAGUGUUAAACUAAUUAAAAAUUAAACCACAAUCAACAUACCAAAAGUUAAUGUAACAAUUACAUUGUUUUAAACAAACUCAACUCAGCAAUCAACAUACUAAAAUGGAAACCUUGGUAACUAUAACAACUGUAUACUAUUUAUGGCAAACUAAACCAAUAGCAACCUAUAGAUUUGUUAAAUUAAUUAUUUAACAAAUUUUUUUUCCGGCAAUUCAACAAUCAACAUACUAUUAUAAAAUAUUUGUUGGCGUUAAUUUAAUUACAACAAUCAACAUACUCUUACAAUUAAAUUGUUUAAUUGCAACAAUCAACAUAACAUUUCUUUGAAAGUCUUCUGGCAACUAUCAAUCUAUCUUCAAUCAACAUACUUUUUUUUUUUGGUUUACUUUAUGGAAAAUCAAUUUAUUGAAUAUACCUGGAUCUUCAAUCAACAUACCAAAAGUUUUUGGAAACAAUCUUCAAUCAACAUACGAGUACGAUUAAUUAUAAGAAUUUAUAUAUUAGUUUCUAUUCAAAUGUUUAAUUUUAAGUUUAUGUUAAAAGUUAAUUAACGAAUUUUAUUGUUUUAAAUUAUUAAACGGAAACUAGUGAUAUUACUCGAAUUUUCGGUGUAAUUUUAAAUUGUUGAUGAACUUAAGAAUGUUGCUACACAAUUUUUGAUAAAGAUAUGUUUGGGAAUAUCGAAAUAUUGGUCGAAACACAUGCGCCUUUUGAUUCUAACAGCAUUAAGCCGUAAAUGUCUAUCUGUUGGCAACUCGCUAGAGUCCAAAUAGUAAAAUCUAGAGGUCUAAAGUUUACCACAAAUAUUCUCAAUAGUCGAUUUAUAGUUUACAGACUACAGAUGUGUUUAUGGUCCAGACUAUAGGAGAGUUUAUAGUGUGGACUAUAGACGAGUUUUUAGUUUAGACUAUAGACAAUUUUAUAAUCUAAAUAAUCAAUGAAUUUAAAGUCUAGAUUAUAGACUAGCUUAUAAUGCAGUUGAUAAUUUAGACUAUCAACUGAUAGUUUAGAAUAUAGGCGUGCUUAUAGUCUAGAGUCUAAACUAUAUACAUUAUUCCAGUCCAGAUUAUAGACAAGUUUAUAGUCUAGACUAUAGAUAAGAUUAUAGUCUGGACUAUAGACAAGUUUCUAGACUAUCAACUGAUAGUUUAGACUAUAUGCAUGCUUAUGGUCUAGACUAUAGACAUAUUAAUAUUCAAAACUAGUUCAGACUGUGGGACUAUGUUAUAGUCUAUAGGAGUUUAUAGAGUAGAAUAGUGUGGACUAUAGACGAAUUUAUAGUCUAGAUUAUAGACAAAUUUAUAAUCUAAAUAUAAAUGAAUUUAACGUCUAGAUUAUAGACUAGCUUAUAAUGCAGUUGAUAAUUUAGACUAUCAACUGAUAGUUUAGAAAAUAGGCGUGCUUUUAGUCUUGACAUAUUUAUAUUCAAAACUGUUUAUUACAUUCUAUUACAGUUUAAUCCAGACUAUAGACGAGCUGAAAGUUCAGACUACGGGACCAGGUUAGGAGUUUAUAGUCUAGACUAGUGACGAGUUUAUAGCCCAGACUAUAGACAAGUUAUUAUAACAAACUAUUUAUAGUUUAUAGCCAAAACUAUGUAAGAGUUUUUAGUCUAGAGUUUAUAGUCCAGAUUAUAGAAAAGUUUAUAGUCUAGACUAUAAAUAAGAUUAUAGUCUGGACUAUAGACAAGUUUCUAGACUAUCAGCUGAUAGUUGCAUGCAUAUAUGCUUAUAGUCUAGACUAUAGACAUAUUUAUAUUCAAAACUAGUUCAGACUGCGGGACUAUGUUAUAGUCUAUAGGAGUUUAUAGACUAGAAUAGUGACGAGUUUAUAGUCCAGACUAUAUACAUAUUUUAUAUAGUUUAUAUACCGAACUAUUUAUAGUCUAAACAAUAGACAAGUUUAUAGCCAAAACUAUAUAAGAGUUUAUAGUCUAGAUUAUAGACGAGUUUAUAGCAAAAACUAUAUGAGAAUUGAAAUACUAGACUAUAUAGUGUAUAUUCUAGACUAUAGAGUUUAUAGUCCAGAUUAUAGACUAGUUUAUAGUCUAGACUCUAGAGUUUAUAGUCCAGAUUAUAGACUAGUUUAUAGUCUAGACUCUAGACUAUAGAUAAGAUUAUAGUUUGGACUAUAGGCAAGUUUAUAGAUUAUACAUUAUAGACUAAUUUAAGUUUUAUAUUAUAGAUCAGUUUGUAGUCUAGACUACAGACAGAUUUGUAGUGUAGACUGUAGAUGAGUUCAUAGUUAAUCUAGAGUAUAGACGAGUUAAUAGUCUAGAUUAUAGGCUAGCUUAUAACGCAGGCUAUAGACGAGUUGAUAGUUUUAUCCCAGUUUAAUCCACGAAAGCUUAGACUGCGGGUCUGAUACGAGUUUAUAUCCCCGACUAUGGGCAAGUUUAUAUACUAAACUAUUUAUAGUUUAUAGCCCUGAUUAUUGUCUAGUUUAUAACUUAGAAUACGUAUGAGUUUAUAGUCAAAACAAUAGAUGAAUAUAUAUUCUAAAUUAUGGACUAUUUUAUAGCCAACAAUAUAAGAUUUUAUACUCUAGACUAUAGACGAGUUUAUAGACGAGUAUAUAGUUUAUAGAUUAUAGACUAGUUUCUAUUUUUUGGUUAUAUAUGAGCUUUUAGUCUCUACUGUAAAUAAUAUUAUAGUCCGGACUAUAGACAAGUUUCUAGAUUACAGAUUAGUUUAAGGUUUACGUUAUAGAUGAGUUUAUAGUCUAGACUACAGACAACGAAGGAGUAUAUACUUAGUCUAGCAUAUAAACGAGUUUUAAGUCUACACUAUAGAUGAGUUUAUAGUCAGGGCAGGAGAUACUUGAGUGAAUACGCAGAUUAUAACACAGUCCGACAAACCGGUCAAAACCCUGACACGUUGUAUCAAGUUUUAGGUGAUGAUAUUUCAAAGAAGAAGGGAGAUAUGUCAGAUGUUAAGCUUUUUUUUUAAAGCUUAACAGAAUGGACAUGCAAAUGGCAUACAUCAUUUUAUUUUGCGAAGUUAUAAGGUCUCAAAAAGGAACAACAAGGCGUAUUUUAAACUCCAGGACACGAUAUUUCGAAUAACAGAAAUUUUCUAAUUUUAUAUUGUUCACUACUUUAGAGAUUAAAUAUAACUCCUAAAAAAUCUGUUCGUCCAACUUUUUGGAUGGUUUCACAAAAGCUAAGCCAAUUCACCCAAAUCGUUCGAUUCAACAUUCUAAGUUCUCAACUAUAAAAACAGGCAGCAAAAAUUUUAAAUAAAGUUUUAUUUAUUGAUUUUUCUGUGUAUAUUGUAAUAUUUCAGUUUUAUUGUAAAUAUAUCUUUAAAAUUAAGUAAAAUUAUACAUAGUUUUUUAAUAUAAAAUAGUUUAUAAUUUAUUUUUAGAAUUUUAGAAGUUUUAAGGGUAGAGUACUUAAUAACUUUGGAAAAAUGUGGCCAAAAAGGCUAAAAUUUUAUAAUAAAAGAAAACAAAUCUUUAAAACUAGAUUCUUAAAAAGCUUUGAAAGUUAUUGUGUAAUAAAAAUCGUAACGAAAUCUUAAUUCUAUUGAAAGCUCGAUCGUUAACGAAAUUAAUUCUAAUUACAGCUACAAAAGUUUUGGAACUAAAUUCUGUUUUAAGCUUUAGAACAAAUUUGACAAAAUGAAAGGAAUAUAUUAAUAUAAAAGCGAAUUUCUAUAAUACUUUUGAGCGAAAUUUCAUUUUCGGAAUUUUUUCGUUUAACACAUAUUUCGUCAAGGUUUCGCUGUAAAUUUAACGGAACAUUGAUGGCAUUAUAUUUUCUAUAUAAUUUAAUAUAAUGACAUGACACAUUUUCUAAAUGUUUAAACUAUUAAGAAUUAAAUACGAAAAAUAAAACUAUUUAAGAUAAAUUGGCUGCUGAUCUAAUGGCUAUAAAGAAUUUUGAAAAUCUCAUUUUUAUGUUUUAUUUUUCAAAUACCAAAAAAACUGUGUUAUUUGCAAAUUUUCUUUCAAUUAGUUAAUAAAAUUAAGCUAAUUUAAAAAACUAAUAUAAAAUGUUUAAAGUUUAUCAUAAAUUUAGCGCAUACUAUUGUUUUAAGACAACAACAAAAAUAAAUAAGAAAAUAAAUUUAAAAAAUAUGCAAAAUAUUUAUUAAUAAAUUAAAAUUUAUAAUAACAGCAAAUAAAAACAACAGAAUUAAUUAA